CUUCAUUCAGUUCGCAGUUGACGUUGGUCGUUAAUGGUUCGUCGGGACUACUUCUAGGCGUAUUUUGGGCUACCGUAGGGAGGCGUAGGUGGAUUUUCGGUGUGUUUAAUAUCGUUAUAGGCGAUAGGAUUUAUUUUUGACGUUUUUCGGGCAACUAAAAUGCAAGUGACUAAAUGGAUGGCAUUUAUCGUAAAGCCUUAGAUGAAGAAAUUGUUGCAAAAUUUGAACAGUGUGGGUUGUGAUAAGCGUAUUCUUCCAGAGUGACAAAUCGGAAAAAGUAGUCGUACUAACCAGUGCUCAACAAAUCAAGGAUACAGUUUUCCGGAAGUGCUUUAGAAAAAGUGUGGGUCCCUCACGAGAUGAUGUCCAGUGCGAUGGCCGGUGGGGAGCACCUUCUUCGGUCGCCGAUUCCUCCGACGGCAUCCCCCCAGGAAAGUGCAAUUUCCAAACCGCGAGCCGUUUACAGCAUCGAUCAAAUUCUGGGCAAUCAUCAUCACCAUCCACUUCAUUUGCCACAUCAACAUCACGGUUUGCACCAUUUCCGGACCGCAAACAACAACAAUAAUAGCAUCGGGAUGAAGAGCAAUGAUCAGGAUGCCAAUUCCUUGAAGCGGGAAGACUCGCCGGUGGAAUCGCAUGAAAAUGGCGUCGACGUGGACAACGACGAUGAGCUGCCGAUGAUGGGCGAUCUGGAUGGAAUGGACGGGGAUCCCAACGAUAUGGGACGGCCGAGGAAAAUUCGACGAUCUCGGACGACGUUCACCACCUUCCAAUUGCAUCAGUUGGAACGAGCCUUCGAAAAGACGCAAUAUCCGGAUGUUUUUACGCGUGAAGAACUGGCCAUGCGGUUGGAUUUGAGCGAGGCGAGAGUUCAGGUAUGGUUCCAAAACCGUCGUGCUAAGUGGCGCAAACGAGAAAAAGCCAUGGGUAGAGACACAUCUGCUUUUCUACACCACGAACAAGGACUACCUGAAUUCCCGCUGGGUCUGCCGCUGCCUCCGCAUUUGGCUCAUCCGGCUCUUCCUCCGGCCGAGUUUUGGUCUGCCAACUUUGGACUUCACCCGACCCUUCUCCCAGGAGCCGGUCAUCCCCUAAUACAUCCAAACAUGGUUCCCAACUAUAAAAUCCCUCACUUCCAUUCGCUCCUGACCCAAUACAUGGGCCUCAAUAGUUUGUUCGGGGCUGCGGCCUAUCCCCAGAACCUCUCCAUAAACACCCGCCUCAGUCCACCGAACAGCCCCAAGGAGAGCCCCACCGGAGGAAGCCAGUCGAGCAUCAUCAACAACAACAAUCAGAGCAACGAAAACUCCACCAGGGCUGCCAGCAACAUUAGCAGCAGCAGCAGCACCAGCUCCAACAGCUCUAGCUCUAGUAGCAACAGCAGCUCCAGCAAUCUCAGCGUCGGCAGCAAUAGCAUCAACACCAGCAAGGAAAGUGUGACGGAGAAGUAAAUUCCUGCCGUCAGACAGCUGCUUAGGCUAGGGCAAAUUGAGCUUUCCCACGAGAUGCAAUAUUUAUUGUUAAUUUAUUGAUAUAAUUAUUAGGUUCUUGGAAGGUGGAAAAAAGAGUAAAUUUAAUUAAUGGAAAAACGAAAUUAAAUGGCACAUUGGCAGAGGAAGUUGUUUCUCAUCCUUGAUGAAAGGUCUCUGCACAAAAAUAAACUAGUCAGCAAAGUACCAGUGCUGCCUAAGUUCACUCAAUUCCCCCCGACG